ACUUCGCGCCCAUCCUAACUCUCGCGAGAGAGGUGUCUGCGUGUCUGAACGAGCGGCUGCUCUCACUUUCCGUCAUGGCGCUGAAGGUGGCAGCGGUCGUCGGCGGCGCUGCGAAGGCGGUGCUCAGACCGGCCCUCCUUUGCCGCCCUUGGGAGGUUCUCAGUGCCCAUGAGGCCCCCCGGAGGAGCGUCUCACAACAAACAAUUCCUCCGUCGGCUAAGUAUGGUGGGCGGCACACAGUGACCAUGAUCCCGGGGGAUGGCAUCGGGCCAGAGCUCAUGUUGCAUGUCAAGUCUGUGUUCAGGCACGCAUGUGUGCCGGUGGACUUUGAAGAGGUACACGUGAGCUCCAAUGCUGAUGAAGAGGACAUCCGCAACGCCAUCAUGGCCAUCCGUCGGAACCGUGUGGCCCUGAAGGGCAACAUCGAAACAAACCAUAACCUGCCACCAUCCCACAAAUCCCGAAACAACAUCCUUCGCACCAGCCUGGACCUCUAUGCCAAUGUCAUCCACUGUAAGAGCCUGCCAGGAGUGGUGACCCGGCACAGGGACAUAGAUAUCCUCAUUGUCCGGGAAAACACAGAGGGCGAAUACAGCAGCCUAGAACAUGAGAGUGUGGCUGGAGUGGUGGAGAGCCUGAAGAUCAUCACCAAGGCCAAGUCCCUGCGCAUUGCUGAAUAUGCCUUCAAACUGGCCCAGGAGAGUGGGCGCAAGAAAGUGACAGCUGUACACAAGGCCAACAUCAUGAAACUGGGCGACGGGCUGUUCCUCCAGUGCUGCAAGGAAGUUGCGGCCCGCUACCCCCAGAUCACCUUCGAGAAUAUGAUCGUGGACAACACCACCAUGCAGCUGGUGUCCCGGCCCCAGCAGUUCGAUGUCAUGGUGAUGCCCAAUCUCUAUGGUAACAUUGUCAACAAUGUCUGCGCGGGACUGGUCGGGGGCCCUGGCCUCGUCGCUGGGGCCAACUAUGGCCACGUGUACGCUGUGUUCGAGACGGCUACAAGGAACACGGGCAAGAGUAUCGCCAAUAAGAACAUUGCCAACCCCACAGCCACGCUGCUGGCAAGUUGCAUGAUGCUCGACCACCUCAAGCUCCAUUCCUAUGCCACGUCCAUCCGGAAGGCCGUGUUGGCGUCCAUGGACAACGAAAAUUUGCGGCCCCUGCGAGCCAUGGGAGACCACGGGCGGGCCCCUGGCGUGUGCUCAAGCUGGCGCGUGUCCCGCAGAUGCACACCCCAGACAUCGGGGGCCAAGGCACUACAUCGGAAGCCAUCCAGGACAUCAUCCGCCACAUCCGCAUCAUCAACGGCCGCGCCGUGGAGGCCUAGGCCGUCCCUGGGAGCGCCUCAGUGCACUCCCCCUGCCCGCUCCCCGCACGCCGGCCAGUUUGGGUGGGCAGCCCCAGAAUAAAUCAGCUUCUGUCCC